GUUCAACUAUAGGUGGCUCAACAUGAAAGUGAGUAUGGCGGAGGACGGGGAGUAUUUUAGUAUUGGUAGUAUUAUCACUUGCAAAACAUGUUUCAGUCAGAAGGUAGAAGGAGAAGUUGUGGCUUUUGAUCAUCAAACGAAGAUGCUCAUGUUAAAAUGUCCAAGCAGUACUGGAAAAGGUAAUUUGAGUGAUAUCAACAUAGUGAACUUGAAUUUUGUAGAAGAUGUAGUUGUGAAAAAAGAAGCUAAUAGCAAUCCCCCUCCACUUCCUCAUCUGAACAUAGAAAAAUUGAACAAUAGAGCGAAUGCUCAAAUAGAAGAACGUCAAAGACUUCGCACAGCUUUGGCUUCAGGAGUCAGCCCAGAAGGUUUAAAGUUAUUCUUGGCCAUAACAAAAACCAUAAACGAAGUGACUUGGCAAGGAAAGAAUAUUGUUGUGAUGAAUCAAGUUACCAUCAGUCCUCCCUAUCGACCUGAAGAUUGCAAGGGAAAGGGUGAUAACAAUGCUUUAACACAUGUGAAGAAAAUAGUAGAGAAACAUGUAAAAGAUCAACAGUUACAACAACUUCAGCAGAAUUCACAAGCUGCUCCAUCCCGGUCUCCACAGCAGCAACCUUCUCUGACUUCUCCCUAAGCUAAGACUGACUGUUACUUCACUGUUAUUUCAACUUUCUCAAAAAAUAAACCUUACCUGUAUUGGGUGGUUAAAUUUCUGGUCUUCUCUCUCCACAGAUACAUUUCCACAUACUGUUACUGUUCUUUAAUUUGUUACUACAAAAAUGCUGUCACAAGCUAGUUCUAAAUGUUUUUUUUUUUAAACUAAAGUUUGUGUGCAAUUUUUGGAUAAAGUUGAUUUAAUAUAAUGAGCAAAGCACAACUUUUUUGAUUAAUUUAUAUUUGAUGUAAAAUCAGUAUCUGUACAACUCCAGGUAAGUCCAUUGUACAAGUUUUGAAUUGUACAUACCUCAAAAACUGUCUUUUGUCUUUGAAAUAAAUCCAUGUACACAGCAUGAUUACAUUUCAACUUGGUAGACAGCAUGUUUGUGGAGAGUUAUAUAUAGCAGUUGAUAUGAAGCUGUCAAACUGUUUCAAACGUGUGACAGUGGAGGUACAACAAUUUUCUGUGUGUGAAGAAUAGCAUGAAAUAUUAUAGAAAUCAACAAAGCUAAAACUAAUAGCCUUUAAGUAAAUCAAGUUUACGUUUAUAAGUGAAAUUAACCACACAAGAGCCAUGUAAUAAAUUAAUAUUGAAAUACAAGACACACCAUAUCUGUAAGAUAUUUUGGGAAUAUUAGUUAAUGUUCAUGUUUAGAAUAGCAGAAUUGGGAAUAAUAACACACAUUUAGGAUAUUCAUAUGAAAUUUGUCAGUUUUCUUUAAUAUUAAUAUCUGUAAAAAACCUAAAGCGAAGAAAGAAAAUUACAGGUCAUCACUAGGGUUCAUCAUAUGUAUUCAAAGGUUAUGUCAUAUUAUACAUCAAACAGCAUGAAAUGGUGAUCUUUAAAGUGGAGACUUUGAAUGCUGUUUUCAAGUAGUAAAGUAGUCAUAUGCUGGCGUUAAAUAUUUUGAAAGUAUGUAGUUUGAAGAAUAAUUUUACUAUAGAGCCAAAAAAAAAAAAAGAUUUACUCAAGAAAAUGUGGUUCAAAUAUAUUGUUAGAACUUACUUGUAGAGGUAGCAAAUUUAUUUCCAAAUCACAACAUUAUGCUGAUAAGAACAGAAGAAUGAAUUUAGUAGGUAACUUAAAUUUAUGGGAUAUUACUGCAAAGUGAUAGAAUUCAGAAGAUUUUGGAUUUUUUGUAACUUUCACAGGAAAGUGAAAAUGUAGCAAAAAUUAUUAAAUAAAAUGUAUUUAUUUAAACAACAUUUCCUCCACAGAGAGUUAAAUUCACUUUAGUAUAUCAGUCAUGUAUUAACGAUAUUACAAGAGCAUUAUUGAGUAUUUAUUUUAAAUAAUGCCCAUCAACACAAAGUCUGGAAACAUUAAUUCAGUUGUAGAGGUGUUGCUAAUACAUCAUUUCUGUCAGAUAUUCAUGGUAUUUGUCAAUGGGGCCAAGGACAGAUUCUCUGUUUCAAAACUGUUUCUUGUACUAAAAUAUUUUGUUCAUAUUAUUACAUGCAAAGUAAAUUUUUUCUGAUUUUGUGUGUAAUAUAUUAAAUGAGUACUUGAAUGCAGGUGAUAACUUGGCUGUCCAUGCUAAACAAAUGGCUUUAGAUUUAUCUUGUUUCAAACAGGUUUACCUGUAUUUCAGGUAAGAACAGAUAAUCUGUUUGAAGAUUGUAGACUGCUCUUUUUGAGGACUGAACAACAGAAGAGCUGGUGUUAAACAUACCAAUCACAGCAAUAAAAACACUUUGUUGUUUCAGGUUGUAAAAAAGUUUUCAGGGAUUUUAUGAUAGUUACUGUUUAUUUUGUUUUCAAAAGAUUUUAAAUAUCAGAGUAUAUGUUUUUAAAUUUGUAAUUUAACAUUUUAUCCACUUUGAGGAUUCAACAACUUCAUGAUAAUGGUUUUCUGUUUCAGAAAAUUUACUAACUUACUACGUAUUACAGAUUUGAACAAUUUUUAUGUUUUGCCCUUUUUUAUAUUUUAUUUUAAAAAUAUUUGUUUGUUCAGCUAAACCUGCUACUGUUGACCAUGUAAUUUUUCUGUUACCAGGCUUAUAUUUAUUUUUUGGCAUUGUUUCAACAAUGUUAUUGUUCUUGUUUUGCCGAUAAAAUUAUUUUCUACAUUCCCUUAAUUAUUUAAUACUUUUUUUUAUCUGUCAAAGAAAUAUACUUGUAUAGUUUAAUUUAUUUAACAUGAUCUUUUUCUUGUAAAUAGCAAUUUUGCAGUCUUAUUAGAUAAGAAGCAUAAAAUAAAGAUAAAAUCUUUCAGAAUUUCCAUACAACUUUGUGGAGGGAGAAGUUCCAGUUAAUUAGAAUGAAAUUUAACCUUUUCUUGUAUACCUACUGACUAAUUUGAAAUCUACAGUUUGCUAAAAAGAGAGGUUUGCUUGAUAUAGUUUCAGUUGAAACCUUUUUUUCCAGUUAAAAGCAUAAAAGGAAGACUGUUUCAUUUGGAUUGCAAAGCAUUCAGAUUAUGACUUACUACUGCUUCACAGACAAUAAACUUAUAGUUCAGUGUUUCACGUCAGAACUUAUUUUAAAAUAUUCAGAACUUUUACUGUUCUUAUGAAUUAUCGUAAACUGAGAUCAUUUUAUUUUUACAUAAAGCCCUAGAAGAUUUCUUUUUUCAGUGAAUUUGUGGGAAUGGAAGUAAAUCUGUAAGGCUGUCUUAUUUGUAAUCAAAUUGAAAUUUUGAUUUAUAUUUUAUGCCCAAUGUAUUUUUGGGCCACAAUCUUGUACAAUUUUUAAACGCCUGGUUGUUCUAAUGAAAAGUAUUUUGUAUUAUUUUCUAUAAAUGUAUCUGUACUCUUGAAACAUAUUAGUUUUGUCAAAAAUAUUAAGUUUUCUUCUUUUUCAAAAAAAGGUUAGCUAAAAUACCAACAGUCUAAAACAAUCUCAGAUGUAAGAAUUUCAAAAAAAAAACGUUUGCCUCUAUAAUAAACUAUAAGUGACAUUCUUUUCAA